ACGCUGCACGAACUGGUUUGACAGCUGCCAUGCAAACAGUUCGAUGCAAAACGGCUGAGUGGAAAUGAGCUAUUAUCACAAAAUAUUUUAGACACAUGACAUUAGAAAGCAUAGCGAGUCUGUAGUUAUUAGGGCCCAAAUAUAUAUGUAUACAGUAUUGAAAAAUGGUUGAUAAUGUUCGCAUUUUCUCUUCCAUUCUAGUGUAGUCAAACUCGUGAAAACAUAGAAGACAUUGUCCGAGAAGAAUUUUCAACUCAAAUGACAAGAGGCCAACGCCUGGAACACUUCUUCAAACAUUAACUUUAUUCUAAACAAAUUGCCAAUGAAGUUGGCUUUCAUGUCUUCGCUAUUUGAGAUAUAAAUGCAAAAAAAAAAAAAUAAUCAAGAGUUAGACGUGUUCCAGGUAGCAAUAUGUUCGCAGUUAUUUUGAAAACGUGUCUGGAGCGGAAAUGACCAGCAGUUAACGUCUGCAAAUUUUCUCGUGCUCCUGUCACAUCUCAGUUAGCCUAGCUAAUUGAGCUAGCUAGCUGAAACAAUCGCAUCCCUGUUGUUUUUGCUCAUGCUGCGUUGCGUCGCCAGUCGCGGCUCCAGCACAGGUGGGGUGCGUCAGUCUGCUGCGGUAUGAACAUGUCAGCUAAGCCAAAGUAACCAAGGGUCAUGUGGAACCUUUGCAGAUGCUGAAUGGAACAGUGGAGAGAGGGGAGGGAGGGAAAAAGCUGCGCAGUGAAACGUGAAUCUGCUAUGAACGACUCUCGAGAUAAUUUGGCGAUUCGGUCGACGCAAGUCGAAGAACUCUGGAAGAACUGGGAAGCUUCUCUCGAUUACUCCUGGCGUGCUCAGCAUCUUGGACGAAAUGGCCACUCCACGGCACAGUGACUUGUCCUAUGCGUGGGAAAAGUACAUGGACUGUAGGCUCCAAGGAGCUGAUCUGCAGGUGACCCUCCAAAGUCUAGAAAAUUUCCUCUGCCUCUUCCACUAUGUGCAGCAUCAGCCAAAUCACACCAAAGAUGCCCUUAAAUUCUGCUCAGACAUGAGUGGGGCCAGUAACACGCUGGCAAGGGAGUUUCUGACUGAUGUACACCAAUUAUGCAGUGCAGUGGCACAGAGAGCGGAGGCACGGGAGGAGGAUGAGGAGGAAAGUCAUAUGGUUGCGCUAGGGGAGUACCUCGUCAGAGGAAGAGGAUUUCUGUUGCUUAGCACCCUGGAUUCCAUCAUUGAUCAGGAGCUGACUUGCCGAGAGGAGCUGCUAACUUUGUUGCUGUCUCUUCUCCCAUUGGUGUGGAAAAUCCCUGUACAAGAAGAAAAAGCGCCAGAUUUCACUCUGCCGUCUUUAUUAGAGGUGUUCCUCAGCCGGGAGGUAAAGGCUCCACCUCUUAGAGCAGGACAGAAGAAUGGGACGGAGGAACAGGAAACUGGAAAGAGGCCACGUGUUGGCAGUGGCACCUGGAAAUCAAGGAGGUCACGCAGGACGGUCCAGAAGUACUCUGUAAAGGAUGCCCGACGUUCCCAAAUUUCUACCUCAGAUUCAGAAGCCAAUGCUGAAGACAAAGGAGGCCCAAGUGGCACAAGGAGCAGAAAGUCUCAUGGUUCUACCCUCCGUGUACAUCAUCUACAUCAUCGUUUAGAAGCUACAAAGUUGACAUUGACAGCAACGGCAAACACAGAAACCAUGAGUGCACCAUACCCCCAUCCCCGACUCUCUGGAUCACACACAAUGGACACCGAAACCCUCACAGACCCAGCUGCAAUGUCAAUAUUCAAUCGCAUGGAGAACUCACCCUUUGAUCUCUGCUUUGUAUUACUUUCAUUACUGGAGAAAGUGUGUAAAUUUGAUAUGAAUAUCAGUCACAAUCCUGGCUUGGCAGUCAGCGUUGUACCAACACUCACUGAGAUCCUGACUGAGUUUGGAGAUUGUUGUGGUCCAGGAGGCGAUGGUGGAACAGAAGCAGAAGAGCUUGCAGGGGGCUGGACAGAAGAACCGAUUGCGCUGGUCCAGAGGAUGCUUCUACGCACCAUCUUGCACCUCAUGUCAGUAGAUGUCAGUCAGAGUGAAACUCUUCCAGAUAGCCUGAGACGCAGCCUGACCGACCUACUCCGAGCCACCCUAAAAAUCCAAAGCUGCCUUGACAGACAGACAAGUCCAUUUGCUCCUCGACCAAAAAAGACUUUACAAGAGGUCCAAGAUGACUUUUCUUUUUCCCGCUUUCGCCACAGGGCACUGCUGCUGCCUGAGCUUCUAGAAGGGGUACUACAAGUUCUUCUGAGUUGCUUGCAUGCCUCAACACCCAACCCCUUCUUCUUUAGUCAAGCACUAGACCUUAUCCAUGAAUUUGUCCAACACCGUGGGCUGGAGCUUUUUGAAACUACAGUUCUGCGUCUGGAAGAACUAGGUAGGGCCAGGGAUUCAGAAGUUGGAGGUGAGGCUUCAGAAAGACUACGAGAUCUAAUUGCUGGGGUCUUCAAGAUUGUAAAUGCCGUCAAGAAAGCAAAGUCAGAGCAGCUGCAUCAGUCCGUGUGUGCUCGACGACGUCACCGUCGUUGUGAAUAUUCCCACUUCCUUCAUCAUCACAGAGAUCUGUCUGGUUUGCCUGUCUCAGCUUUUAAGAUGGCUGCCAGGCGUAACCCCUUUGAAGAGGAUAGUGAAGGGAACGAAGGGGUGGAGCUUAAUGCAGUACAUUACCCUGAGCGCUGCUGCUGUCUGGCUGCCUGUGCUCACCAAUCUCUGCGGCUCCUGCAGCGUUUGUCGCCCACUGGACCGGCUGUAUUGCAGGUACUAGCCGGGGUACAGGCUGUUGGAAUCUGCUGUUGCAUGGACCCUCGUUCUGUGAUCAGACCACUCUUGGACGCCUUCCAAGCUCCAGGUCUACGUAGUUACCAGUCUCAUGUUCUCAGUGUUCUCAGCAGGCUAAUACUAGACCAGCUUGGUGGAGGACACCCCUCAGACAAGUUGAAGCUUGCUUCGUGUAACAUUUGCACUUUGGACCAUAGUCAGUUGCCAGGUCUUGAGGAGACGUUACAACAAGGGGACGUUUCAGCUAUUUCUACCAGUCUGUGCUACCGAUCCCAAGGGAUUCUGCCAAGCGGAGGGGGUGCGCAGGACAUGUUAUGGAAGUGGGAUGCCCUUGAGGCUUACCAAGAGCUCGUGUUUGGUGACAACUGGCACCUGAGUCAACAAGUGGCUGUGGCUGGUCAUGUUUGCCACUUGACACUGCGUGGCAAUGCUGUAGUGCAGUGGCAGCUAUACACGCACAUCUUCAACCCUGUCCUACAGCGAGGGGUUGAGCUAGCCCAUCAUGCUCAACAGCUUGGGGUUUCUACAAUUUGCACCCAGGUUUGCAGCUAUCAUACACAGUGCCUACCUGUGGAGGUACUACUCAUAUAUCUGCAAGCAUUACCCGCACUUCUUAAAUUAAGGGUUAUCCGGGAUCUUUUCAUCAGCUGCAAUGGGCUCAACCAGAUGACAGAACUGGUGUACCUUGACCAGACAUGCUCUUUAGCUCUGAAGGUGUUUGAAACUCUAAUAACAAACUUCGGACACCAGCAGGCUGACUCCUCAUUUCUGGAGCUGGAGAUUGCUGUUGCUGAAGAGAAGAACACAAUCUCAAACCUGCCUGAGGAUCUCAGCUCUAGGGGAUCUGGAGAGGGUCCACAGAGCCUCAGCAAGUUCUAUGAAGGGCUGAAAGAGGCAUACCCGCGACACAAGAGUCAUAGUGGGCAGACCCGUGGAGCAGGUCGUAGCCAAGCUGAGACACACCUCCAUGUCAUUAACCUCUUCCUCUGCGUUGCUUUUCUUUGCGUUAGCAAAGAGGCUGACUCUGAUCGAGACUCUGCUAAUGAUUCUGAAGACACUUCAGGCUAUGACAGUACGGCUAGUGAGCCCCUCGGUGGGCGCUUGGCAUACCUGUCUCCAGACAGUGUGACUCUGCCAUCCAAAGAACAGAUACGAAGGGCGGCUGAUGUUUGGUCAGUGUGUCGGUGUGUCUACCUGGCCAACCCGUUGUUCCAGAGACAGUUCUUCAGACUAGGAGGGUUGGAUGUUUGUUUGCGCCUUAUGAGUAUGGUUAUUCAGAAGCUUUCCAGUAAAACCAAGGAUGGCAAAGCAAGGAAGAAGAAGGAACUCAAGGGCAAAAGUAGCCCAGAAUGCCCAGUCCCAUUCAGUCUGUUGGGAGUAGAUGAGACGGGUCAAGAUUUAGUUAACAGUGCUCCAGCUGACGGGAACACCUUAGAUCAAACCAAGAGGCUGGAGGAAGAGUGGCAGUUACAAAGUAUUCGCCUUCUUGAGGCCUUAUUGGCUAUUUGUCUUCACAGUGCUAACUCAGCCCUGCAGAGAACAGACUCAGAGCUUUCUUAUCAGCUGCAGUCAGUGGGAGAUACCCUGUUAGAAGUGAGAGACCAGCUCUCUUGCUCAGGGAUAGUAAGCUCUGACCUUGCUGUUCCACUCUUUGAUUCUCUGCUGAGAGUGGCUUUGGCCGACAUGUCAUCCUCUCCCGACCCCCCUGAGGAAAAGCAAGACAGGAAGCUUCAAGUGUUCGCUGAGGGGGUGGCCCCAGCAGGAGAUCUAUCAGAGGAGGUGGACGGUGUUCAGAGCUGUGGGGUCAAGCCCGCUGGGGGGGAAGAGGAGGAGGAGGAGGAGGAGGAGGAGGGUUACGACGCUGACAGCGAAAGCAAUCCAGAGGACAUGGCCAACCAGGAAGAGGGAUUGAAGGUGGAGUCUGUGCAGCGUGAGUUUGCGACAGUGGCAGGCGGUCCUGGGCGUGGUGUGUUGCUUUUCCCAGAAAUCUGUACAAUUGAGUUGCAACUACUGGCCACUGGCUCCCCAGACCUGGAGGUUGUGAGUCAUGUGUUUCGCAGCCUGCUCGGCGCAGUUCGCGGCAACAACCACAAUGCUGCUCUGCUCUAUGAUCAGGGAGGAGUCAGAAUCAUCCUGUCUAGCUUUUCUAACCUCCUUAGAAAAGCGGACGACGCCCUCAAAGACUGUCAGACUGUUAUAGUGGAGCUGCUGGUUGCCAUGGUGAGUCAACGAAUCACAGCAGAGGAACUGGCCCUAUUGAUUCGUCUCUUCCUGGACAAAACUCCGCCUACUGAGAUUUUAUUGAAGGGCAUCUUACAAAUUGUUGAAGCCAACGUGAACAUAGAGCCCCUUCACCUACUGGACUUUCCAAUAAUCCUUGGGGCCUCAACACCAGUAGGACUGUCUCCUAGUUCUAGAACAAAUGGCACCACUGGAGGGAAAAGUGUUGGUCUGCUCUGGAAGAGCAAACAGUCCCCUGGUCGUAGAGAGGGAGACGGCGAGUACAGAACGGGUCACCUGCGUUCCUCUCCCUGGCAUACUGCUCCUCUCCACUUGCCCCUGGUGGGACAGAACUGCUGGCCUCAUAUGGCGAGUGGCUUCAGUGCCUCCAUGUGGCUGAGGGUGGUGGAGCAAGAGGAAAGAGCAGGCAACACAGACAAGGAAAGAAGGAACCCUCCUGCGACUGAAUCUCUCCAUGGUUCGCCUCAGGCUGGAAAAAGAGUAGUGGAGGAAGCCCUCAUUCAUAUUCUAUCCAUGGGCUCUAAAGCACUGAUGCUUCAAGUGUGGGCGGACUUCUUUACUGGCUCACUCACAUUCAGGGUUUGUAUAGACCCAAAUGAUGAGAUCAAAGCAGGGCUGUUGGCACAGGCAGACUCUAUUGAGGGACUUCUCCAGCCCGGCCAAUGGCAGCAUCUCGGCCUCACUUACACCCAGCAGCCCGAGGGCAAGAAGAACAUUCAUGGUCGUGUGGUUGUCUGGGUGUGCGGCAUCAUGAAAUGUGAAGUUUUUUUGGACUACACCUUACCUCGAAAGUCCAGUUUAUCCUCUGACAGCAACAAAACCUUCUGUAUGUUGGGCCAUUGUAUCCCAUCAUCUGAGGAGGUGACAAAACAGCAUUUGAACUGGAGCAUGGGAACGGUGCUCCUCUUCAAUGGGGCCAGAGUAGGGUCAGAGGAGGCUUUUUUCCUGUACACUAGUGGGCCUGACCUCACCUCAAUCAUGCCCUGCAAUUAUGGCAGACCUCCAGGGUCAUUGUCUAAGUUUGUCACUCAGGAAGGACUCAAGUGUGACAGAGUCCGAGAGCUUCUGAUGAAAAGCAGGGAUGUGGACACAACAGCUUUAGUUGAGAGCCUGGCAGUUGUGUAUACCCCCAGCACUCCUCGAGUCUAUACUAUCUAUGAGCCUGUAAUUAGACUGAAGGGACAAGCUAAGACUGUGGUUACCCAGCGGCCCUUCAGCUCCAGAGAAGUGCAAAGUGUCUCUUUAGAGGCUUGCGCUCUCAAGGCUCUGCUGCCCACUGAAACCCAAGGCCUGCAGUGUGUCCUGCACAAGAUCGGAGGGACAGGAAAUGUUGUUUUCCUCUUUGCGCAGACGGUGGAGCUCAGUGACUGUGAGAGGACCCAGGCUUUGGCCUUGCAGAUACUCCUGUCUCUGUCCAAGUUCAACCAACAUCGCAUCCAUGAAAUGGACUAUUACCAUGGUUACUCUAUGAUACACCAAGUACUCAUCAAGUCAAAAUGUAUCGUUGGAUAUCAUAUGCUAAAAACUCUGCUAGAUGGGUCUUGCAGCGGACCCAUCUUAAUCCUGGAAGAUGACGGUCAAUUCCGUUUGGACACGGAGUCCAUUGCUGUGGUGCAGAGCAUCAGGCUUCUCUCAGAAAUCCUUUUGGAUUGGAAAAUAUGGGCCAAAGCGGAGUGUGGCGUGUGGGAGACAUUGCUUUCUGCUUUGGAGAUCCUGAUCAGGGUCCAUCACCCUUACCAGGUCUUCAAUAUCCGUCAGUUUUUAAAGGCUGAAGUAGUGCACCGUUUCCUACUAACCUGCCAAGUGCUACAGGAGCAUCGGGAUGAGCACCUUACUGCCAUACCACAGGAAGUCUGUUUGUCAUUCGUCAAAAUAAUCCAGGAAGUGCUAGGAUCGCCACCAGACUUGGACUUGCUCAAACUUAUCUAUAACUUCCUACUGGCAGUUCACCCACCUACCAACACCUACGUCUGCCACACUCCCUCCAGCUUCUACUUCUCACUGCACAUAGAUGGGAAGCUGUAUCACGACAAGCUGCAGUCUAUUAUGCACCUACGACACUCGAACAGCCUGGGGAAGUCCACCAGCAGUUCAGUGGUGUCUCUAUCCCCAACUGUCUUUACUGACGCUCUUCCUGAUGGGCAUCUCCAUGGUCCUUCCCCUGAGCAUGUGGGUGAGAAUCAGUCCCUGCGCCCUCCCAGCCUUGCCCCGUCACCAUACUCGUCCCCUUUGCUGACACCCCGCCUCACUCGCAGUGCCUUGAAUGAUGCUGCCGAUAUUGAGCAACUGUCACUAACCACCCAGCAGGCUCUGGGCAGUACUGAAACACUCAAGAAGGGAGGAGGUGACGAGCAGCUCCUCAGCAGUUGUGAAUCUGCGAAGACGAUAUGUGACUCGAGGGACAUUGGCAGUGAAGGAGCUCGACGCACCCCGUCCAUCAGCGUGGAGGAGGAGCGAGAUGAGGCCACCGAGGUGGACAGCCUGACAGAAGGGAGUGUGGGUGUGGCAGAGUCUGAGGACAGGUUUGACUGGGCCAGUGAUGAAACACCCCGACGGCCAGACAGCUUAAAGGGUAUUCAAUCCUUCCAGAGGAGUCACAGCAACUUGGCCAGUUUGGGAUUGGCUUUCCCGGCUCCAAAUGGCUCAUUGGCAGGCAGUCGGUGGCCCAGCGCAGCUGAUCGAAGCUCUGUACCUGAGGACUGGGAAAGUUACACUUACUCUCCUGGUUAUGAAAGGGCGCACAGCAAAAGUGAUUCCAAUGAUCGUUCCAGUACAGAGGACUGCCUAGUGCUGAUCUGCUGUGGACUCUAUGACCUUCUGAGGGGUGUCCUGCUGCUACUGCCGGACCUCAUGCUCGAGGAAGUGAUGGACAAGCUGAUCCAGCCCGAGACCCUAAUUGUGUUGGUCAACCAUUCGUCCCCUAUUAUACAACAAGGGGUCAUGAAGCUGCUGGAUGCAUAUUUCACCCGAGCCAACAAGGAGCAGAAGGAGAAAUUCCUGAAAAAUCACGGUUUCUCCCUGUUGGCCAACCAACUGUACAUCCACCAGGGCAGCCAGGGGUUAAUCGAGUGCUUCCUUGAGAUGCUUUUUGGACGACCAGUGGGCUUGGAGGAAGAUCUGGAUCUGGAGGAAAUGGAAACAAUUUCCCCAUUCACAAAGCGUUGCAUCAUCCCAGUGUUGGGUCUUAUUGAGAACUCCUUGUGUGAGAACUCCUUAGUGCACAACAUCCUCUGCAUGCUCCUGCAGCUCCUCAAUGCCUGCCCGAAGCUGGCAGACAUCCUGCUUGAUCACGGGCUGCUCUAUGUGCUCUUCAACACCUUCUCCACCCUCAACGGCAUGGAGACCGGCAUUCCCCUAAAUGAUUACAAGCUCGUCGUGUGUGACAUCCAGCAGCUGUUAGUGGCUGUAACGAUCCACUCCUGCAGCUCUUCAGGGUCGCAAUAUUUCCGCAUCAUUGAAGAUCUCAUUACCUUGCUUGGUUUCAUGCAAACCAGCAAGAUGCGUCGCACACAGGAAAUGGCAGUCGCUUUGCAGUUUCGUGUGCUUCAGUCUGCUAUUGAGUUCAUAAAGACGACAGCCAAUCAGGGACCUCAAAAGCUGAGCAGCUCCCAUAAUGCACCAAGCUCUCCUCAUCACACUAUUUAUCAGAAAAGGAAGAGCAUUGCAGGCCGGCGACGGUUCUCUCUGGCCCAGACUGACUCUCUGCUGAUGCGGAUGCGGUCUGUAGCGAGUGACGAGCUCAACCAGAUGAUGCAGAGGAGAAUGAGCCAGGAAAACCCCAUUCGUGCGAGUGAGACGGAGUUUGUACAGCGAUUGCAGAGGCUUGUGGUCCUUGCUGUCAACAGACUCAUUUACCAUGAUGUCAGUCAGGAUUUGUUUGACCUGCUGAACAUCCCUGACUCCCCAGACCAACAGCUUUUCACACCAGAACUGGGAGACCAUUCACAUGAAGAGGGCAGCUCUGCCUCUGCACCACACUCACCUACUCCCUUCACACUACCACCUGCCAGCAAAAAGAGUUUGCAGAAAGACAUCCUCAAACUCAUGAUGGAUGGAAUCAAAAUCAGCCUGGGCAGUACUGGUCGAGGAGGAGCUCCACAUCAGCAGUGGCGAAGGAUUCUAUGGUCGUGCCGAGACACGUUCCGGGUCCAAAUCGGUCGGUUGUUGGUCCACACGCUGAGUCCUGCCCGUCCUUUGUAUGAUAGGAAGGAAGCACUGGAAUUUGUAUUUGAUCCGAGACAUCUGGACAUCUUGAAGGAGAGCCUCAGCCCUGGUCUAGAGCAUGGACCCAAGUUGUCACUGUACCUCUAUGAAAUGCUGCACGAUCACAAGGACAGCCUCACCAAAGAUGACCAGAAUGCUGUUGGCAUAUUCAUGACCUCGCUUAAGCUUUGUGGUCACCGCUGCAUCCCCCCCAACGCGCCACACAAGCAGGAUCUUCUCAAAGCCAUUAAAGAGGAAAAAUUCAAGUAUGAAGGAGAGGAGAACACAAGCAAGGUAGCGUGGGAAAAGAAAAUGACCAACACUCAAAAGAAUCUCAUCCAGAGGCUAGAGGGAAAGUCCAAAGACAUUUCGAAGAUUGCGGCUGACAUCACACAGAAUGUGUCUCUGCGGCAAGGCAUGGAGAGAAAGAAAGUCAUCCAGCAUAUCAGAGGCCUUUACAAGACCGACUUGAGUGCCAGCCGGCAUUGGCAGGAGCUAGUGCAGCAACUCACACAUGACCGGGCGGUAUGGUAUGACCAGACAUCCUACCCUACAUCCUGGCAGUUGGACCCAACUGAAGGGCCAAACCGUGAGCGCCGGCGACUGCAAAGAUGCUACCUCACUAUCCCAAACAAAUAUUUGCUCAAAGACAGACGUAAGCCUGAAGACACAGUGAAACCGCCACUCUCAUUCCUGUUUGAGGAUAAGACACACUCAUCUUUCUCCUCUACUGUGAAAGACAAAGCCACUAGCGAACCCAUUAGGUUUACUAGACGCUGCAUGAGUGUGGCCCCCUCCAGAGAGACAGCAGGGGAGCUGCUUCUAGGCAAGUCUGGAAUGUACUUUGUCGAGGACAAUGCUGCAGAUGCUCACGACAGCCAGAGCCUUGACGGUGAGACUGAGGCACCCUCUUUCUCUUGGACGUAUGAGGAGAUCAAAGAGGUGCACAAGCGAUGGUGGCAGCUGAGAGACAACGCUGUCGAGAUAUUCCUCACCAACGGUCGAACACUGCUCUUAGCCUUUGACAACAGCAAGUUCCGUGACGACGUAUACCACAACAUCCUCACGUCUGAUUUGCCCAAUCUGCUGGAGCACGGCAACAUCACUGCACUCACACAGCUGUGGGGCUCGGGGCAGAUCUCCAACUUUGAGUAUCUCACACAUCUCAACAAGCAUGCUGGCCGAUCCUUCAACGACCUCAUGCAGUACCCGGUGUUCCCUUUCAUCUUGCGCGACUACACCAGUGAGACGCUGGAUCUGCAGGACCCCAACAUCUACAGGAAUUUGAGCAAGCCAAUCGCUGUCCAGUCAAAAGAGAAAGAAGAUCGCUAUGUAGACAAUUUCAGAUAUUUGGAAGAGGAGUACAGGAAAGGGAUCCGGGAGGACGACCCCAUGCCUCCCGUCCAGCCUUACCAUUACGGCUCUCACUACUCCAACAGUGGCACUGUGCUGCACUUCUUGGUGCGAAUGCCGCCUUUCACCAAGAUGUUUCUUGCAUACCAGGAUCAGAGCUUUGAUAUCCCGGACCGGACAUUUCACUCCAUGAAUACCACAUGGCGUCUCUCAUCCUAUGAGUCCAUGACGGAUGUGAAGGAGCUCAUCCCAGAGUUCUUCUACCUCCCAGAAUUCUUGGUCAACAGAGAGGGUUUUGAUUUUGGGGUUCGUCAGAACAGCGAGAGGGUAAACCAUGUGAAUUUGCCUCCAUGGGCCCGGAACGACCCGCGUCUCUUCAUCCUGAUUCACCGCCAGGCGCUGGAAUCGGACCAGGUUUCUCAGACGCUAUGUCAGUGGAUCGACCUGGUGUUUGGGCUCAAGCAGAAAGGCAAAGCUGCGGUCCAGGCUAUCAAUGUCUUCCACCCAGCUACCUAUUUUGGAAUGGAUGUUUCAGCGGUAGAAGACCCAGUUCAGCGAAGAGCACUAGAAACCAUGAUUAAGACGUACGGACAGACUCCCAGGCAGCUUUUCAACGCUUCCCACAUCAGCAGGGCGGGUCCCAAACUCAUGAUGGAGGGCGAGCUGCCAGCCGCCAUGGGUCUCCUGGUUCAGCUCGCCUUUAGGGAAACCAGAGAGCAGACCAAGGAGAUCAUCUGUCCAAGCCCACUGCCAUGGAUCAAAGGUCUGAAGUGGGGGGAAUACGUGGGGUCUCCCAGUGCUCCUGAUCCGGUCGUCUGCUUCAGCCAGCCUCAUGGUGAGAGGUUUGGAUCGCUCCUGGCUCUGCCUACACGCGCUAUCUGCGGACUGUCACGCAAGUUCUGCCUCCUGAUGAUUUACAGCAAGGAGCAGGGUGUUCGCAGCAUGCACAGCACCGACAUCCAGUGGUCAGCCAUCAUGAGUUGGGGCUACUCGGAUAACAUAGUGAGGCUGAAGAGCAAACAGAGUGAACCGCCUAUCAACUUCAUUCAAUGCUCCCCACUGCAUCAGGUGAGCAGCUGUGCCUGGGUGCCCGAUGGCUGCCAGCUAUUUACGGGAAGCAAGUGUGGAGUCAUCACCGCCUACAGCAACCGCUUCAUUAGCAGCACGCAGUCAGAGAUGGAGGUAGAGUCUCAGGUCCACCUAUAUGGACACACUGGGGAAGUCACCGGGCUGUUUGUGUGCAAGCCUUACAGCAUCCUCAUCAGCAUCAGUACCGAUGGGACCUGCAUCCUGUGGGACCUCAACAGGCUCUGUUAUGUUCAAAGCCUCACGGGCCACAAAAGCCCAGUGACGGCAGUUUCUGCCAGUGAACCCACAGGGGACAUCGCAACAGUUUGUGACUCAGUGGGCGGAGGUAGCGACCUGCGCUUAUGGACAGUUAAUGGCGACCUCAUCGGUCACGUGCACUGCAGAGAGAUCAUUUGCUCCGUAGCUUUCUCCAAUCAGCCGGAGGGCAUAUCGGUCAACGUCAUUGCUGGCGGGCUGGAAAAUGGCGUUGUCAGACUUUGGAGCACGUGGGACUUGAAACCAGUGAGAGAGAUCACCUUUCCCAAGUCGUGCAAAGCCAUCAUCAGCCUGACGUACUCGUGUGACGGCCACCACCUGUACACGGCCAACAGCGAGGGCACCGUCAUGGCCUGGUGUCGGUGGGACCAGCAGCGCAUGAAGCUGCCCAUGUUCUACUCCUUCUUGAGCAGCUACGCCGCAGGCUGAGUGCGUGUAUACGUGAGGGUGUGAGAGACAGUUUACAACCUUGCAGGUGUAUCCUGACUUCCACCUUUGCAAGAGAAGCUGCUCUUCCUCCCCCCUCCUCCCAUGGAGAGAAAUAAAUGACAGCCUCAAUAGCCCGCUUGACUUUUACCUCAAGCCGUGCCCAGCUAUAUUAUACAUAUAUAAAUAUAUACAUAGUACAUAGAGGAAUGUUUGGUUGUGGCUGCAAUAGACACUUUAUUUUUCUUCUGUUUUCCUUGCCUGAUGUUUAAUUUUUCCCCAGUUUAAGCUGCUAGCCAAACGUCCUCCUCUGACGUGUUACUACUGCAUGACGCCUGACUGCACUGAGGUGACGCGCUCGUUGAACUCGCCUUUUAGCCGGUGUGGAAUGUUGUCUCGAAUCGGAAAUCGUCUGCAGGCCAACACACUAUGUUAGAGCCUCUUACGACACACUUAACCAACAGCAUUGACAUCCGAGUCCCCUGAAUCUGAGCCUUCUUUUUUUUUUUUUUUUUUAAACUUCAGAGAGCGGGUGAAGUGUAAUUUAUCUCUCCCGGGCCUCACAUCUGCUCUCAAACGGGCGACCAUCCGGCUUCCCUCCUUUCAUGCAACUAUUCUUUUACGUCCCCUCACUAUUUUGCGGCACUUUUACUUCGUCCAUGGCAAUGGAGCACUGUUUUACUUCAUCUCAAACAAGCAGUCUUUGAUUUGUUUCCAGGCGUCAUCUGCAGAGAGCAAUAUCAGACUACAUGCAAUAGGUCCUCAUUUAUAUGAUUGUGGGUUUUGCCUUUCGAGCCUGCUGCGGCGAUGUCUUACGUUUCACUCUUGUUUACAAGAAAGGGAAUAUUUGUUUGAGACUUUUUGUCCUUGUGAUGCUAUUCCUAAUGUGUUUCCGCCCAUUACGUGCAGCGUCACCACUGCACAGGAGCACCCUUUGUUUACUUUCUCCUUGUGUAUCCAUUCAUUUCCACAAUGACACAUUUUACAAGAAUCUUUUGUUUUUGCCUUGUGAUUUCUAAGCGGGUGACAGAAUGAAGGAUGACGUGAUACUUUUUUUUUUUCUCUCCAUAAACUUGAACUAUGCAUAAUUGAUUUGUUGAAUGGUGUUGGAUGAAAUCGAUCUCACUGGCCUGACUGUGCAGUUUGGACUGUUUGAAAGGUCAUGUUUUGUUUGUAUACGUGUGUGUGUGACCAUAGUAAAUGAGCAUAUUAUAAAUAUAUAAACAGAAGUGUAUAAAAAUUUG